AUGGAUUUUGGAGGUGCUCCAGGGAAUGAGAAUGGGAGUGCUCUGGAAGAGCAAGUGCAGCAUCUUGCUAAGGAAAAUGUGCAGUUGCAAGAUAGGGGUGAGAGACUGUACGUGAAGCUUGGAGACAUGCAGGAGAGGAUGGGGAAGCUGGCUGGCUCCAAAACAGAUUUGCCAACCAGACUGGUCUUCACUGAAGAGGAGAAACUGAAGAUUUCCAAAGAGCUCAUUGAUCUCCAGAUUGAGACAAACAAAAUGAGGGAACAAUACGAGACAGAGAACUUUGAGCUAAAAAAUAUGAUCCUGGCCCUGGAGAAUCGUGUGCUGGAGCUGGAGCUCUCCGGUGAGAAGGUCACCGGGGAGCGGGAUGCCCUGCAGGAGCGUCUGCGCGCCCUGGAGUCCAGCCGGCAGGAGCUGGCAGACGAGUACAUCAUCUUGAAAAGCAAUUACCUGGCACUAGGCAAAGAGCUUGACCGAGAGGUGAUGAAGAAUGAAGAGCUCAGCCUAGAACUGCUCAACCUGGCCAAUGCCAGGAACAGCCUUGCCCCUGCUCAGGACAACCGCAGCCACCCGCAAGCCCGGGAAGACGAAGCCUCUGCUGAGCUGGCAAGAGUGCGUGCAGUCGUGCCCCGUCUCUCCGCUCGGGAGGGAAAGGUAAGGAGCUCCCUUUGCUCGGAACAUGAGCAGCAAAAGCUGGAGAGAAAUUUGCUUGGAAACCAAGAUCACAUAAAAGUGGAGCUUGAAAAAAUGAAGAAAACCUAUGAUUUGCAGCAGCAGAAGCUAGAGGAGAGAGUGCUCAUGCUGGGGAAGGACCUGCGGGAGGCGAAGAGAGCGAUCCGCGACACCCAGCACAAACUGGCGGAGCAGUCAGCGGUGCUGCUCACCUCGCAGAGCCAGCUGCAGGAGGUGGAGGCAGAGAAUUCCCGGCUGCAGCUCCGGCUGAAGGAGUUGACCGAGCAGUACCGCUCCCGGCUCGCGCGGUACCUCGGGGACUUGGCGGAGUACAUGGACAGCAAAUGCAGCAACCUGAAGGAGCCUAGCAAAGGCCGAGCUAACCAUGCUCACAUGAAACGCUUCGUGGACAGCAUGCUGAAGGAUAUCAAGGCUUCAUACAAGUCUCGGGAAGAGCAGCUAGCUGGAGCAGCACGUGGCUACAAGAAACGGAUGAGAAACUUGGUCAAGAAGCAUGAAAACCUGCUGAUUGCUUACAGGAUGCAGCGGGAGCAGAUCCAGGCCCUGGGCAGCAGUGAUAUGGACUCUGGCCCUGCUGAAUUCCACUUUUCCAUCACUGAUCCGGAGCUGCUGACAAACACAACCCAAGAGUUAAACCGGCUGCGGGAAGAUAAAGCGAAACUGGAGGUGCAAUUGCAUGAAUUGCAAGAGAAGAAAAGACUGAGAGAAACCUCUGGCCUUGGGCUGUCCCCAGAGCAGAAGCUGGAUGAAGAGAGCUGGGUGGAGGUCAAGAAGCAGCUCCAGGAGUUUGCACAUACCACCCAGGAGGAUUUGGAGAGAGAGAGAAGCCAGCUGCUGACUCGGGCAAUUGUGGCAGAGCAGCAGGUGUCGGAGCUGCAGGAAUACAUCGAUAAGCAUCUUGCAAGGUACAAGCAGGAGAUCCUUCGGCUGAGAAAAGUCGUUGGUAACGAGGCACCACGUGCGCUCAAUGCUGACGCUGCUGACGCUCACUUACAACAGAGAUCCCAAAGGACCAUCAGCCAGGAACUAUAG